AUGACUUUAACGACUCCCGAAUUAAAUUUCAAAGCUUAUACUUAUAAAAACAGCAGUACUCCUGUUCAAUUGACUGAUAAAUCAAUUAAAUUAGUCAAAGAUCCCUCAAAUCCUGACUCCUAUGUUGCCCCACCAGGUAAAAUCUUGCUUAAAAUUAACUAUACUUCAUUAAACCCAGUUGAUGUUAAAUUACACCAUCUUGCCACUAGUUUAGUUUCAUUAUUAGUCAACAACAACAAUGGAUUUGGUAGAGAUUUCAGUGGUGAAGUUCUUUCUAUUGGUGAUAAUGUGAAAACUAAUGUUAAAGUUGGUGAUUUGGUUCAAGGGAUUUAUCAUAAAGUUUAUUCCCAAGGUACUGCAUCACAGUAUCUUUUAGUUGAUCCAAAUGAAGUUGAUAUGAUUGCCAAACCAGAUAAUAUUUCUUUGGCUGAAGCUUCCAGUUGGCCAACUGUGUUUGGAACUGCUUUAUUAAUGUCCAAAGAUUUAAAAUAUAAAGAUAGUAAAGUUUUAGUUAUUGGUGGAGGUACUUCAGUCGGGAGAUAUCUUGUUCAACUUGCUAAACAAGGUGGUGCUAAAGAAGUUGUUGUUACUUGUUCACCAAGAACUGAAGAUGUUAUUAAAUCCUUGGGGGCUGAUACUAUUAUUGAUUACACUAAACAUAAAAACAUUCUUUAUCCUGUUUUAGAAUCAGUUAAAUCAACUGGGAAAUUUGAUUAUAUAUUGGAUUCUUAUGGAGGUCACGAGUUAUUCCCAGAAAUUAAUAAUAUUUUGACUGAAAAAAUCGGUCGUUAUUAUAGUAUUGUUGGUGAUUAUCCAGGAUCUAGCUUUUAUAAUUUGAUUUCAACUGUAUCAAAAGUUGCAUGGAGACAACUUCUUGGUGCUCUUGGAUUGUUAUCAUUCAAUUAUAAAUUUAUAAUGUUAGAUAAUUUCAAAGAAAGUAUGCAAGAAGCAAGAGAUUUGAUCGGUAGUGGCAACUUGAAAAUCUUUGUUGAUAGCAUUUACCCAUUUAAUCAAUUGGAUCAAGCCAUCGAGAAGUUAGAUUCUGGUAAAGCUGCCGGUAAAGUUGUUAUUGAAGUUGCUAAAGAAUAA